UUAUAACAUCUCAGAUUUUCCCCUAGAUUUUGACUACGUAAUUUUAUUUACCUUUUCCAGCUGGAUCUGUUAGACCAAGUACUCGCAAUAUUUGAAAGAUACAUCUAUUUACAACUAGUUUGAAAACAAUUCAACGUUCAUAAUUUUUAAGCAAAAGUUAUGUUACAUUAACAGGUAACUUUAUGAAAAAUUAGUACGAUAUAAUUAUAUCUAAAGCAAUCGGAAGAUAAAAUUUGAAUUUAACUUGAACGGGUAAAGAGUAUGUGCAAACAGAAUGUAUUAAGUCAAUAUAUAAAAUAACGAAGUAAUGAUAAAAAAUUGGGCAAAAGGUACAAACAAUAAUUGAUUCAGAUUAAAUUAUAUUUAGCUUAUUGUUUAACUUACAUUCAGAGAUCUGCUUAUUCCUAUUAAUGGUGGCAUAAUGCAGAAAUCUAUCAGAUUAAAACGUGAAUUUGAAAAACUUAGUCAAAAUCCUGUCGAAGGUAUUUCUUGUUAUCCACGGUCUGAAAAUUUUGAAAACCUUGUUGCAACAAUUAUUGGACCAAUUGGAAGUCCAUAUAGUGGACACGUUUUUCAAUUGUCCAUAGAUAUUUCUGAACAAUAUCCAUUUGAACCUCCAAGGAUUACAUUUCAAACACCUAUUUAUCAUCCAAAUAUUGAUAAUAAUGGCCGAAUUUGUAUGGAUCUUUUAAACAUGCCACCAAAAGGUAACUGGAAUCCAACUAUCGGAAUAAAAAAUCUUCUGGAUGCUGUAAAAUGUCUAUUGGGAAAUCCAAACCCUGAUGAUCCUUUAAUGCCAGACAUAGCGCAAGAAUAUAAAUUUAACAGACAAGAGUUCGACAGAAAAGUACAACAGUUUAUGAUAGAAAGAAAAAAUAAACUGUUAUAAUUAAUCAUAACUAUAAUUAAUCGAUACCUAUUUCCAUUUUUUAAGUAAUUCAAGUGUGUUACAAAUGUAUAUAAUAUAUUUAUUACCUUUCUCUUUUUAUAAAGGCGUAAGAAAUUGA